GCCCGGCGAUGGCUCCGGCGCAGCGCUGCUCUCUGUGCCGCCAGACCUUCUUCUGCGGCCGCGGGCACGUCUACAGCCGCAAGCACCGGCGGCAGCUGCAGGCGGCUCUGGACCGGCUCCUGCCCCAGGUGCGGGCGGGCAGACCAGUGGAGGCCGCCCGCAAGGCCGUCCGCUCGGCGCAGGUGGAGCGGUACGUCCCGGAGCACGAGCGGCGCUGCUGGUGCCUGUGCUGCGGCUGCGAGGUGCGCACACACCUCAGCCACGGGACCCUGACGGUGCUGCACGGGGGGCUGCUGGAGCACCUGGCCAGCCCAGAGCAUAAGAAAGCAACGAACCGAUUCUGGUGGGAGAACAAGGCUGAGUUUCAGCUGAAAGAGAAGUUUCUCAUCUCCCCUCAGGAUUAUGCACAAUUCAAGAAAUCCAUGGUGAAAGGUUUGGAUUCCUAUGAGGACAAGGAGGACGAGGUGAUCAGAGAGAUGGCAGCUCACAUCCGAGCGGUGGAGCACAGCCGGCAGGAGGUGGUUCGGUCCAUCUUAGAGUCUCAGGCAGUGCCAGACCCAGAAGAGGGCUCUUCGGCACCUGGAAGCUGGAAAGGGACAACCAGUCAAGUAGCCUCCACCUCACAGUGGCCCCCAUACUUGGACCUGCCACCUGCCCCAGAGCUUGACUGGAUGGAGACAGGACAACCUCUGACAUUCAUUGGUCAUCAGGACACACCAGGAGUUGGUAACAUCCACUCAGGCGCCACACCGCCCUGGAUGGCCCAAGAUGAGGAACACAGCUCUGGGAACCAACCAAUAGGCCCUUCCUAUGAAGAAUUUCUUAAAGAAAAGGAAAAACAGAAAUUGAAGAAACUCCCCCCAGACAGAGUUGGAGCCAACUUUGACCACAGCUCCAGCACCAGCGCAGGCUGGCUGCCCUCUUUCGGACGGGUCUGGAACAACGGGCGCCGCUGGCAAUCCAGGCAUCAAUUCAAAACUGAAGCCGCAGCAAGGAACAAACAGCCGUCAAAGAAAAUGGUUUCAUGAGGCUAGAAGCCACGCCAGCAAACCCACACCUGCACUACCCUUUGUGACUGCCUCACUUAGGAAAAAGACACACCCACUUACUGAUUUAAUAAAGGUUUAUUUUUCAAAAUGUA